AGAAUGGGCUAUUCCAAAAAAUAAAGGAGAAUGUAUUAUACAGCGAAAUAUAUUGCUGCAAACACCAAAAAUGAAGAAGGUUGGAAACUGUUCAUGUUAAGCAAAGGCAGGUGCCUGAUGAGUAGGAAGCUGUGUGCAGUUCUGGUGGAUUUGAGCGGGACUCUCCAUGUGGAAGACACGGCCACCCCUGGAGCUGUGGAGGCCCUCAGAAGGCUAAGGGAAUGUCCCCUGAAGGUCAAGUUUGUGACCAACACAACAAAGGAGUCCAAACAGAUGCUGGUAAACAGAUUACAGAAGCUAGGAUUUGACAUCCAGCCGGAGGAAGUCUUCACUUCUUUAACUGCAGCAAGAAACUUAGUAGAAGAGAUGAAAGUUCGGCCCAUGUUGUUUCUUCAAGACUCAGCAUUACAGGACUUUGAAGGUAUCGACACUACCAACCCCAAUGCUGUAGUGAUUGGUUUAGCACCAGACAUGUUCAACUACAGACCUCUAAAUGAUGCAUUCAGACUCUUGCUAGGUGGAGCCCCACUGAUAGCCAUCCACAAGGCCAGGUACUACAAGAAGAGUGACGGCCUGUCCCUGGGACCAGGGCCGUUCGUUACAGGUCUUGAGUACGCCACCGACGUCCGAGCAACAGUCGUGGGGAAACCGGAGACGAUGUUUUUCAGAGAAGCUCUGAAAACAUUAGGUUGCGCUCCUGAAGAAGCUGUUAUGAUAGGAGAUGAUGUCCGGGACGAUGUCGGUGGUGCCCAGACAGCUGGCAUGGCUGGAAUCCUGGUCAGAACUGGCAAGUACAGACCUGGUGAUGAGGAAAAAAUCCACCCCCCUCCCACCACUGUAUGUGACUCUUUCACUCAGGCAGUGGACUACAUUUGCAACAAAGUACUUCAAACUUAACCUUUACCCUGCUGACAAUCUCGUGAUCUAUAUAAA